CGAAGAAGAAGGAGGGGACAUGCGCAUCACUGCGGGCUGCAGGGAGAACUUCAUGGAGCUUGGUUUAGUGUGAACCACAGACUGCGUUAGCUAAAGGCCAUUCGUUUAAAGUUUUUCUUGAGAAGGGAUUUAUUGACAUUACAUUUAAAAUGUCGAACGCUGCCUGGUCAGAAAAAAUACUCCAACUCCUCCGCCGAAUGAAUAACUUUUAUUCACCAGGCUCCUGUCUUUCCAGCUGUUUUAGGUUUGAGAUAGACGGAGCGCAGGUCGGGUGGAUUCCUCCUCACGUAGCUUCGCUGUUGACCCGGUAUCAGGAGGUGUUCAGUCCGCCACACGGUGGCGCAGUGUCACUGCGUCAGAGUCUGGACUCACACGGGAGGAGAUCUGAGGCUGUGGACUCUGUGCUGCAGGCUCUCAGGCAGGAGGACUCCCUGCCCUGCCUUAAAGGAUGGAGAGAUGAGAAAUACAGUGUGAUGCCAAAAUUCUCAGACCCUCCUUUGAUGUGGAUGGAAAGAGCAGCUACGAGUCUGUUUGGGGUGAAGCGGUAUGGAGUCCAUAUCAAUGGUUACACUGUCAGUGACAGUGGGGAGGUCAGCAUGUGGCUGGCUCGACGCUCCCCAACUAAACAGACGUACCCCGGACUGCUGGAUAAUGUGGCAGCAGGUGGUCUGGCUGCUGGUGUUGGCAUCAAACACACUGUGGUAAAAGAGUGUGAGGAGGAAGCAUGUAUCCCAGCAUACAUUGCUGAAGCGGCUCAUCCUGUAACCACAGUAAGCUACACCUACGAGGAUGAAGAGGGCGUGUUCCCAGAGUGUCAGUUUGUCUUUGAUUUGAAGCUUCCUCUGGAGUUCAGGCCCAGAGUAGGAGAUGGAGAGGUGCAAGACUUCUACCUCCUGCCGAUGGAUAAGGUGAAGGAGCUGCUGGCCACCGAUGACUUCAAACCCAACUCUGCCAUGGUGGUCUUGGACUUCCUCAUUAGACACUCAUUUAUUGAGCCUGACACAGAGCCACGCUACCAGGAAUUUGUGGCAGGACUCCAUCACACAUUAUAGGGUGACGUUGAGCCUGUUGUCAGAGGCCACAUGCUGUGUUUACAUGAUUGACAUUUAACGCAGCAAAUCGCCUCACAGAAGCCAACCAAGAAGUGUUGUGUUCCCAGCCUUUGCUUUGAGAGAAUAUCCAUCUGGAAGUGACUGAGCCUGCGCUGAGAAGACUGGUCCACAUGAUGCUGAGUGAUGGAUCUGGGACGGACUUUUACCAGGGUGAUCUUGUCAGCUGCUAAGGUCUUUCCAGGCUGGCUGUGCAGAGACACAGCAGACUGUCUGAAGAAGUGUGAGUAAAUAAACUCACAAUACUGAAAUAUACAUCAUGUUAAAAUAUGAAGCAGUCUAAUGUACAGAUGCAGAACUCCUGUAUAACUGUAUAUGUCAACAACAUGAACUUAUAAACACCCGAUCACUUCGGUGUUGAGUAUUCAUUUACUUUGUACUAAUUAAAGUGGCAGAGAUAUGAGGACAGAGGAAUGCUCACCCCAUGUGUUACGACUGUAACUCAUCAGUGAGCAGGUCUGCUGUCUGUGCUGUGUUCAGCUGCUGUGCUGAAAUACAACGGGCCUCCACAGAGUUUAAGAGGGGGAAGUGUGUGAGCACUGACACAGUGGCGGGGUUUGGUCAUUCUGUUACAGUUUAUUUCCUGUAGAAUACAUUAAAAAAGACAACUGGAGAAAUGUGAGGAUACAUUUGUAUACAAAAGAAUAGUCCUCUUACAAAUAACCAAUCCUCUUGGAGUUGCUUGCAUUUUUUUUUUUUUUUUUUGUAUUUCAUAAUCUGACAUCAUUUUUUUUUUUCAAAGUGUAUAACACACUGACCAUUUGUUUGAAGUUGUGUGCAAAUAAUA